AUGGCGCUGCAGGACGAGGCCGCGUCUGCGCGCUUCUUCUGCGAGGAGCUGGAGGAGGACCUGAGUACGCAGAUCCACGAGACCGAUGCGCAGCCUGAAUCUGCGGCGGACAACAGCGCGCUCUCAGCGGCGGCGCAGCGGAGCGUGGACCUCAUCUCGCGCAACGUCGUGGGCUCCCGCACGCUCUUCGAGUCGCCGUUCGGCGCGCGCGCGCUGUGCUACGCAGACUUCACGGCCAGCAGCAAGCCGCUGCGCUGCGUGGAGGACUACCUGAACGCGGAGGUCAUGCCGCUCUACGGCAACACGCACACGACGACGUCCAUCACGGGUCUGCAGACCACGUGCUUCCGCCACGAGGCGCGCCAGAUCGUGGCGCAGGCCGUGAACGCCAAGAUCACGGGCCGCGGCGCCGAGGACUGCGUGCUGUUCACGGGCCAGGGCAGCACCAGCGCCGUCAACAAGCUGGUCUCGGCGCUCGGACUGCAGCAGUUCAGCGCCGCAGCCGCGCCCGACCAGCGGCCCGUCGUGUUCGUCGGCCCCUUCGAGCACCACUCGAACCUGCUGCCGUGGCGCGAGAGCGCGGCGGAGAUCGUGACGAUCCCCGAGAACGCGCACGGACUGAUGGACCUGGAGGCGCUCGAGGCGCAGCUCAAGGCGUACGCGGCCCGGCCGCUCAAGAUCGGCGCCUUCUCGGCCGCGUCCAACCUCACCGGAGUGCUCACGAACGUAGACGCCGUGUCCGCGCUGCUGCACCAGCACGGCGCGCUGGCCUGCUGGGACUACGCCACGUGUGCGCCCUACGUGAACAUCGACAUGAACCCCGUGGUGGCCGACGAGAGCCGACGCCCGUUCGUCUACAAGGACGCCGUGUUCAUCUCGGGCCACAAGUUCAUUGGCGGUCCUGGAUCCCCGGGCGUGCUGAUUGUCAAGAAGCGCCUGCUCACGAACGCGGUGCCCACGGUCCCUGGAGGAGGCACUGUGUUCUUCGUCACGGAGAACGACCACCGCUACCUGUCGAACCGCGCGGAGCGUGAAGAGGGAGGCACCCCGGACAUCCUGGGCAGCAUCCGUCUCGGACUGGCCUUCGAGCUCAAGCAGCGCGUGGGCACCAAAACCAUCAUGACUCUCGAGCGACGCAACGUGCAGUGCGUGCGCGAGUCGCUGCAGCAGAACAGCAACAUCGUGCUCCUUGGACGCCAAGAUGACCGCGUGGAGCAGAUCCCCGUGUUCUCAUUCCUCGUCCGCUUCGGCGACCGUUUCCUGCACUACAACUUCGUGUGCGCUCUGUUGAACGACCUGUUCGGUAUCCAGACGCGUGGUGGCUGCCAGUGCGCCGGCCCGUACGCGACUCGGCUGCUGGGUCUGGCACGCCGAGAUGUGCUGGCACUGGAGAACGCGCUUAUCGAGAAGAAGGAGAUGCUGCGCCCUGGCUUCACGCGCAUGAGUUUCCCGUAUUUCAUGAGCACGGCGGAGCUCGAGUACGUGUUGGCGGCCGUGAACUUUGUGGCCACUGACGGCUGGAAGUUCCUGCCGCAGUACAAGUUCAAUCACAAGAGCGGCGUAUGGAAGCACUGGACUCGCUUCACGAAGUUCCCGGACCGCAAGUGGAUCUCGCACUUCGCGACGGCGCUGGAGGACAAGACUCGUUCCAAGAGUCUGGAUGGAGACGAUGAAGCGCUGGCUGCCCACAGAGCCGAGAACUUGGCGGAGGCUCGUCGUCUGGCGGAUGAAGUGAGCGCUAAAAGCGUUCCUUGUCAGGUGGUGGCAGCUUCUGCUGCGCAAAUGCUGGAGGAGGUGGACGACGAGGCGUUGCGGUGGUUCGUGUACCCUUCGGAGGCGGCGGAAGCUAUCAAGAGAGGAGAGAAGCCCGCCCUGACGGAGUCCAUCCGUGGUCCGUACCAGCCUGCGCGUUAUCUUACGGGUGAGCUUAACGGUCAGUGGAAGGAGGCUUCAACGCCCAGUGCUGCACCUGCUGCCGCGUGUGGGCUCCCGGCGUGCUGUCCUGUUCCGUCAGCUCCGGCUGCGUCUAACGGCGGCGCGAACCACAACAAGACUUUCGUUGCUACCAACGGCCGUGAGACUGGUGGGAAGUAUCCGCUGCGUUCUUCAGCAAAUGGCACCGAUGCUGUGGAGGCUCCCGUUGCUGCUCAGGCCGACAACUGCAGCACUGGCAACUGUAACACUGGUCGCUGCGGAGUGCGCUCUGCGCCGACGUGCUCUAUCGGCGCGACAGCGACCACGGUACAAGAGACCACCACGGCCAUCACCCAGAAGACGACGACCACGAAGCUGUUCCCUACGCCGCCGAAGAAGCUGCUGCGCUGGGUCGGCCAGGCAAUGAUGCAGUGGGAUAUGAUCCAAGAAGGAGAUCGCCUGCUGCUUGGCGUGUCGGGCGGCAAGGAUUCGCUGAGCUUGCUGCACGUGCUGCUGCGCUUCCAGAAGCGCGCCCCCGUCCGGUUCGAGCUUGCUUGCGCCACGGUUGAUCCGCAGACUCCUUCGUUCGACCCGAGUCCGCUGAAGGAGUACAUGCGCGCGCUGGGCGUGCCCUACUACUACCUUUCGGAGAACAUCAUCGAGCGCGCGACGUGCGAAAUGAACGGCGACUCGCUGUGCAGUUACUGCUCGCGCAUGAAGCGUGGCGUUCUGUACACUUGCUGCCGCAAGUACGGCUUCAACAAGCUGGUGCUGGCGCAGCAUCUGGACGACCUGGCGGAGAGUUUCUUCAUGUCGGCCAUGCACAACGGCCAGCUGCGUACCAUGAAGGCCAAGUACUGGAACGACCAGCGCGAUGUGGAGGUGCUUCGGCCGCUGGCCUACGUGCGUGAGAUCGAGCUGAAGAAGUUCGCGUACGACUCGCGGCUGCCCGUGAUUAAUGAGAACUGCCCGGCCUGCUUCGAAGAGCCCAAGGAGCGUCAUCGCGUCAAGAAGAUGCUCGCGCAGGAGGAGAGCCUGUACCCGGACAUGUACAACAGCCUGCGCCGCGCGCUGCUGCCGCUGAUGGACGACGCCAGCUACGCGCCGCUGGAGGCCGUUCGCGCGCGCGUGGAGCAGGCCAAGCAGGAGCGCAAGCGGGCCCCGUCCAGCAAGAGCAAGGGCCGAGGACAGAACGGCCCAACGAAGGCGGACAGCCCGGCGGCAUCGGCUACGAGCAGCUCAACAGAAGAGGAGGCGACCGCGGACCCCGCCGCUGUGCCGUAGAGUUUUGAAAGUCCUAGAUGCACACUUUGCAGCAGGCACUGUACAUGAGAGAGCAUAGAUUCACGUUUGGUUGCC